GUUACGCGUUUUCUUUCCCCAUCAUGUCGAGCCAGGAAGAAUCGGAAUUUAUCAAACUUGGUGCAGACAUCUAUCUUCGGAAAGCCAAUGAAGAGGAUGCUCAUGACAAACAGAGCCCCAACAUCAUUCUUGUCUGUGGCUGGAUGGGGGCACAACUACGGCACAUCCACAAGUAUACCAAAGUCUAUGAGCAAGUAUAUCCCGGUGCGACCCAGAUACUAAUUCAGAACCGGCCGUCCUUUUUCUGGAGUACGGAAAAUACUAGAAGAAAAGUGAUAGCUCCUGCUGUAGAAGUACUAGAAGCUCUCGGAACGAUACCCCCACAAAGUCCGUCUUUGAUUAUGAACUCUUCCUCAGCUAAGGUGCCGCGCAUAUUGGUUCACUCUUUCUCCAAUGGUGGCGCCUAUUCGUUGAUCACUCUGGGGAAGAUCAUGGCAUCCCGUGCUGGCUCAUCGUCCCCACUCAAGUCAUCUCGGUUCCCCUGCGCCAUCGUCCUGGAUUCUAGUCCGGGUGGUAGCGGCCUAAGCAACGCCAUUCAUGCCUUCACAACACUCAUCAAGAAUCCUAUCACGAGAGUCGUCGCCAAAGUCCUAGUCUGUUUGCUCUACGUGUACGGCUUCUUCGUGGGCCCAUUCAUUGGGAGGCGAACAGCUCUUCAGAAGGUCCGGGAUGGACUGUAUAACCCCCGCGUGCUUCCUUGGGUAGAUGAGCGCACGCCGCGCCUUUAUAUGUAUUCGAGGGCUGAUGAUAUGGUUCCUUGGGAGCAGAUCCGGGAACAUGCGGAGAGAACAAAGAGUCUAGGAUGGAAUGUUAGGACGGAGAUCUUUGAAGACAGCCCUCAUGUUGCCCAUGCUAGGACUCACCCAGAGCAAUACUGGGGCGCGGUGAAGAGGCUGUGGGACGACGCGCUGGACGUUGCCCAUACGAAGGAAGAAUCAAAUUAGGCGUAUAUUUACAACAUUUACAUAGUUAACGCUCUAAGUCUUAAGUAAGACAGGGUAGCAUAGAUAUGAGAUACAUUGGUACAGCAGAUUUACAAAGAGGUAUACCGCCAUUAUCAACUCAUCACAUAUCAAAAGGCUCGAUUUUCCGAAUACAU